AUGUUGCUAACAAGAUGUCGAUGAUGUGAUCAAGACGACUUACGUAACAUCCUGGUACCGGAGAUCCCGAAAACGUGAUCUUUGGCUCAUUAAUGGCACUCAUCACCAUCUCAGGUUACCCCUCCUCUGGAAAAUCAACCCGUGCAGCCCAAGUCCACGACUUCCUCUCAUCAGCUUCGAGCCCUCAGCUCAAAGUAAAAGUCAUCUCAGACGAUGAUUUGGCCGUUGACCGUGCAUCAUAUGACGACUCCCUUCAAGAAAAGACUGCUCGCGCGACUCUCUUCACCGCCAUCACAAGACACAUUGCCAGAGACACGAUCCUCAUCGUAGACGGGAUGAACUAUAUCAAGGGGUUUAGAUACCAGUUAUAUUGCAAGGCCCGAGAGGCUGGCGUAAGGGUUGCUACGGUCUAUGUCCUCGCUACGCCUGAUCAAUGUCGAAAGUGGAACGAUGAACGAGGAGAUGGGAAGAGAUAUAAACCCCAAACCCUAGACGCCCUCAUCCAGCGCUUCGAAGAGCCCUCGUCUAUGGUUCGCUGGGACGCCCCACUCUUCACCAUCCCCUGGGAUGACCCAACUCCCCCACUCGAACGCAUAUCAGACGCAGUCACAACUGGCAUCGUCAAACCUCCAAACGUCGGCACUCAAAUAACACCCAAAGCACCCACAGACGCCCUCCGCACUCUGGAGCAUACGACAAAUGCACUGGUUUCUUCGCUCAUGGCUGCUCAGGCUGCUGCCCCGCUUGGAGGACCUAUCAUCCUCACCGUCGAUGCGCUCGAACCUGGUUCGAAUACAAGUGCCAAUGAGAGCCCUGUUCUCCGCGUCCGCUUAACACUUCCGUAUCGUGCACUGACGUUGUCAGAGCUGCAGCGGCUCAAACGCCAAUUUGUGGCUGCGCGCCGGAAAGCUGUGACAUUGGGGAGUACGGAAAAGGGGAGAGUGGAGUGGGGAGAGGAAGGUGUGGGACGUGCGUUUGCAGAGUUUUUGGAGGAGGGGUUGGGUGUUGCGAGGUGACUUGCACGUUAAGUGUUCAAAACAAGAAUCUCGGAUUUAUAAUCCCAGGAGUAAUAUAACGCAGGACUUGUGAUAUGUGGUACGCGCAUCAAACAUCAAACGAUUA